CUCCCAUCAUAUUAUGUUCCUGUCACUACCCUCUGACUUUUACCUCUGUUUGUCGUCACUUCACUUCUUGCCUACUCUGCCUCAUGUUAUGACUACACCCCGUCCCUCCAGUCCCCCCCGACAAGUUUGAUCCUGCGAAUUCUCGAAUUCCCGGUCACUCACUCUUCUCAAGGGACAAUGUCUGUCUACACCGAUUCCUUUCGUUCCUUCUGUUUCUAGCAGUCCAUCUACGAGGCCUGCAAAUUCAAGUGGCGAAGAUGCCGUGUUUCCGUGGUAUCGAAAUAUCUUUCAUUUCUGAUUCGAAUUCACGGAAUCUACCCGAAUACCCUCAUCCGGAUGGCUCGUCUAUCCGCCUUCUCGGACUUGAGCAGCUGCGACAUCCUCAUUUACCAAGCCUACUGCGAUCCCCGGCGUCGGCAGUGUCCAAUCGGGCUUCCCUGCGGCUUCAGAGGGAUAAUCCCAAAGUUUCGGUCUACAUACCGGCCGUAUCAGGUUCCCAAUUUUCGAUCAAAUACAGCCUGAGCCAUGUCCCAACUUCGCCCUGUAAAUAUGUCUUCUUCAAGCUGUACAUAAACGGCCGUUUUAUCGCGUCUUGGGGAGUCGACCCAGACAUCCAAUCUACGGGCAACGUGACGCGGUCAUUGUGGCAACCCAGCGAGCGAUGGCAGGAUCAGGUUGGAAUUGAAGGAAGGAGUUUCCUUUUUAUGCCAGGUCAAGAGCAGAAGUCAGUCGCCGAGGAUGGCGGCCUUGUCGAGAUCCAGGUCUUCCGAGCCAAAGACAGAAGACCGCGGGCCUUGAAGCUCGAAUCAUUUCGCAAUCAAGAGAUGUACGGCAUAGCUUGCCCAAGUAUUGGUUUGCUUGAGAGGCCCGAGGAUGCCGGCUUCUACGAGUGGCACCUUGUCGACCCGAAAGACUCCCCCUAUGCGACGUUUAAGUUUCAUUACCGUUCGUGGGAUAAUCUCGAGCACCUUAAUCUCAUCCCUCCUGGCGACCUGAGUCUCCCCCUUGCUGGAUCGUCGGGGACUGUCGGCCUGGUUUCGGAGGAUGAUCAAGAAUCUGACAACCUAAUGCAACAUCCAGAAGAUCUAUUCUCCUUCAGCGUGGGCGACACUGCCGAUAGUGCAGCCUUCCACGACGAUGGUUUAUUAGAGGAGCGAGUGGCAGAACGUGUGUUGGGUUGGAAGACCCCUGAGCCGUUGCCCCUGAGGAGCACACCGUCCUUGUUGCCUGUGUCUUCUUUCAACCAGGAUUUUCCUCAGCCAAGUAAAGCCCUUCGCGACAAAUGUUCCGCCUCUUAUCUUCGGAGGCCCUUGCCAGAACUCCCUCAUGAUGUGGCAAAGGGCUCCUCAAGCCAUUAUUCCGAUACGUCGGAGACGCCUUCGCUCACGCCUUCCGUGAUGCGAGAUGUUGACAACGGGCUGCUUGAAGAAGACUUUAUUGAAGUCGGAGUGAUGGACGUUAUUCAGUAUACGAAACUGACCGAAAAGCCCAGGGGCGUCGAGGUUGAAAGGACUUAUUCUGUGGCUGUCACGGACACAACAGCCUCGGCAUCCGACUACGAAGCAUCCCCUCCAUCGACUCAUGAUUCGAACUCGCCCGGGGUCAUCUCACCCGGGGCCUACCUUGUAUCAACCGGUAGUUUGUUGGAACAACAUAUCACCUCCCCUAGGUUCCCUGAUUCGCCGCGAGAGAUCAGUCCAAAUGUACGACAGGGCCUUGGAGAUAGUUCAAACAUAAAUGCCAAUCGUCCUCGGUUUAGCCUUCGCAGCCUCACGGAAUCCGAGUGGAUGAGGAGAACACCAUCUCCGGUUCGGCGCGCCAGACCCGGCUUUAUGUUUGGCAAGAUAUGGAGUCCCCGCCCUAAACGCAAGUCUGCGAAGGAUUACUUCUCAGGAUUCCGGCAGGAGAAGGUCGGAUCCAGAGAACUGCUAGUCUCGAAUAUAUCUGAGUUCGGCGACGAGAACCAGCCACCCGAGGAGGAAGCGGAGAGACGAACUGAUCGCUAGAGCUGAGGCACUUGAACGGCUGUAUUGUCGACGAUGGGGUAUUGUCAUUAUACCAUGAAACCUUAGAGUACAAGGUUCUUCAGUGGUGCUGUAUUGCUGUGUACCUAGGUAAGGAGGACUAUGGUUCAAUUGACUGUUGC